AUGAACAAGAUGUUCUUGCUGGGCCUCUCUCUGUUCUGCCUUUUGAGAGGUGGGGAGCCAAAGUUGGGUAAAAAGGUAAAGGAAGUUGUGUGUGCUACCUGUCAAAAAUAUAGAAAAGGCUUCUGUUUGGAACGUGAAGGUACCUGUGUUACGAAGGUAAAGAAAGGAUGCAGAAGCCAAUCUGUGUAUGAAUACUCUCAAGAAGUUAAAGGGUGGGCCUAUACUUAUGCUAAAAUGGAAUGUGUUGACACUUGCGGAGAGCGUGUGAUAUUCAUGGCUUGGUAUCGUUUGGUGAACAUUUGCUGUUCAGAAAAAAACCGAUGCAAUAUAAAAAAUGCACUUGCAUGA